AUGACUGACCUUGACUCUGCCUUAUCUCGCGGUUUCCGUCCUAAGGACGAAAAGCAGAAGCUUGAUCACAUGUGGAGCGCAGCUAACCACACCCAAGCAACUUACAUCCAUCCCAUUUCACCACUACUCGAGAAAAUGGAUGCAGUUACUGAGAAGAGCGUUAAAAGCAGCCCCGUUUCACCGUUCCAGUUCUUUCCCACCACUCCUCAAUGCCCCUCCCUUUCUCCUUCAUCCUCACCGGAGUCUUCCCACGUCACCGCUGUCUCAUACAAGGAUGAUCCCUCGCCGCCGAUUGGCUUGAGCCUCAGCCCGCCUUGCCCCACGUCGGCCCAAAGCGAAGUCGACGAUCAUAUCUCUCCUUCUGCUGAAUCGGCAAAGGCUUCGGCUGACGUGUCUUCACACUGGAAGCUUCCUCACCCCAAGACAAUUAAGCCGCAGCCAUCUACCGUUCCUCUCCCCGUCGCAGCGGAGACAGAAACCAAGGCAGCUCCUUCCGUCCCUACUCCUUUUCCUCACUUCCCCGCGCCAGCAGCAGCACCGGUCCCCUUCGGCCACAUUCCUCCUUACCCAGCGGCAGCUGCGGCCGGCUGGUGGGCUCCUUUCGCCGCGUUUCCUUCCCACGUGCUGCUCGCCCACUCACCCGCGGCCGGUCAAGCGCAACAGCAGGCGAUGGGGGCGCAACAGAGGACUUGGGUUUCCAAUGCGCCACCGUGGUUCUGCUUUGGUCCCUCUCCCUUCCUUUCCCCUGCGCGUCCUGCCUUACUGGCCCCUGGUGUUAACGCUUCGGAUGUCAACCUGGAGAUUAAUAAGAGUCUAAUGGCUGUCAGCAAGCCUUCCCUCUCUGGCGACGGUUCUCGCACCCGCGUGCCUUCUUCUGUGGCGACGAAAGCUUCUGUCAAGCGAAGCCCGUCGGCGAAAUUGGCGACGAAGCCAGUGGAGGUGUUACCACGUGAGCGGCUCGCGACGGGAUUUCGCCCGUGGAAGGCUGCGAGCAGGAGCUCUGGGUCGAAUGACACGUCAGCUCUGCUCUCGUCCAAUGGCGCCACGACAACGUGCUCUGCAGCUGUGGAAGCAUGCGCUUCAUCCCGCCGCGCCGUCCCAUUCGCGCUGAAACCUUGCAGCCAGGGCACGGAGGGCCUUCACAAAUUGGAGGCCGACGGGCAGCCAAUUCGCCCAGCAGCGCAGCAACCACGGGGCCAGGCGGGUCCGGUCAACGCAGUCAAACCAGUCAACGCAGUCAACCCCGUCAACACUAUCAGUCCGAUGAGCCAUUUUCCGACUCCCAUUCACAUCCUCCCGGCUAUCUCCCCUGUCCCCAGCUUCCAGUCUGCUGCUGCCGAUCAAGCCAGGGCUUAUGCCUGCACUAUGGGUCAGUACCCCGGUUUCCCCUGGACCGCAGCUGCCGCUGCCGCCGCUGCUGGUGCUGGUGCUGGUGCUGGCGGCGCUGCGGCUGUUUCUGCUGCUGGAGUUUUCGGCUUUCUGAACCCUGCCGGAACGGUUGCUUCUGAGGCUGGUGCGGGAGUGGUGGGGGAUAAGAGGAGGCUGGGGAGGGCAGAGGGCACAGCGGCUGGGAGCGUGGAUGUGCAAGGGAAGAGGAAAAAGAGGCAAAAGCACGGUGGAGUGGGUUCUGAGGUGGUGGAGGGCACUGCGUCUCUGAGAAUGAAUGGGAAGAGUGGAGAAAUGGAGGGAGAGUGUGGCCGUAGCAAGGAACAAGAGGAGGAGGAGAGGUCAAAGGAUAAUGAAAAGGAGAGGGAGAAGGAGAAGGAGAAGGCGUGCAGGAAUUGUGGGACGCACACGACUCCGUUCUGGAGGAAGGACCGAUCGGGGAGUGGGCAGCACCUGUGCAACGCGUGUGGGCUCUACCUUGCAAAGAAUGAUGCCCCUCGGCCCUCUGUGCUCUGGAAGAAAGAGUCCCAAGGGGCUCCGGACACCACCAGCCAUGCACUUGCUGCCAAAGCCUGA